AUGCUCUUUAGUCUCAAUCAGACUCCCCUGGCGCAGGAACCGGACACCUACAAUGCGAAAGCUCUCGCUGCGGGUAUUGCGGUCCUGGCUCUGGGCUUGUUCCUCAGUGUGCCCUCCGUAACGGCCAUUGCAUUCCAUUAUCGCCAGCCAAAACCAAAGCCAAGUCUGUAUGAAGACAAAGAUGGAGUUGCAUCUGAAGAGUCAAUGGCUGCAUACUCAGCCAAAACCCCCAAGAUCAUACUGUCGGUCUUCACAAUGGUCGGGUUUGCCGCGGCCACGUUCUUGGCCGUUGUGACUACUCUGCAUCGGAACGAUUAUGCCAUAUUUGUUCAAAACUGGCUGAAUGUCGCUCAAUGGGCUCUCGUUCUCGUUCAGGUGGUAUCCAUAAACAUCGUGCGAGAACCCACCAAGUCCUAUUCACUCGGACUGUACAGCGCGUUGUCCUGCGCCUGUUUGUUCAUGCUUCUUCUUUUCCAAGUUGGAAUACUCGUGCAGAGCCAAUCCCGGCAUCACCAUUCCUGGACAUACUCGGCACAAAUUGCCACCAAGUCCUCACAGUUGGUGGCCACGAUUAUUGCUGCCCUGGCUAGUGUCUCUUUGCCUCGCAGACCGGAUGUCUUUUAUGAUGGCGCUCCUGUUGACAAGAUGUUUACUCAAUCAGCCUUGUACAAAGCUAGCUUUUCCUGGGUCCAAUCCGUCCUCCUGCUUGCAAGGAAGACGGGACAUCUGGAUCUCAAGGACCUGCCAAAAAUGAGUCAUCGUAUUCGUGCCAAAGAUCUUAGCAAGACUUGGGCGGAACAAGAGCGUCCAAGAAGGCUUUGGAUCGAAGUUAUUCUCGCAUACAAGUGGCCACUGAUUACGCAGUGGUCUCUCACCAUAGUCCAGGCAUUCGGUAAUUUCGCCCCUCAAUUCGUCAUUUUUCAGAUACUUAGGAUUUUGGAAAACCGAUUUUAUGGAGAGCAGGUCCCUGCCGAAGCGUGGAUUUGGGUCAUUGUUCUCACUCUCACAACUAUCAGUUCUUCUUGGAUCGAAGCCUGGCUCUAUUGGGUGUCUUGGUCCGAGCUUGGUAUUCCCGUGCGAGCUCAACUUUCGGCACUAAUUUUCCAGAAGUCUAUGCGGCGCAAGGAUGUAAAGGCUGCCUCCAAAGUACUUAAAGUUGAGGAUGGAGAUGCUUCCAGGGACAACGCCGAAUCUGGAGAGGAAGAAGAAGAUGAUAAUCCGAAGGGAAAGCAAUCGACAGUUAACCUCAUCGGUGUGGACACAAAGCGAGUCUCUGACUUUUGUUCUUUCAACAACUAUUUCCCAGGCAGCAUUUCCAAGUUGCUUGUCUCGCUUGCUUUCUUGUGGUCCAUACUUGGAUGGCAAUCCCUGCUUGCUGGGUUCCUGGCCAUGGCGGUCACUAUUCCCAUCAAUAUAUUCUUCAGCAAACGCUACUCGGAUGCUCAGGAUAGAGUUAUGAAAGCUCGAGAUCUCAAGAUGGCUGUGGUGACUGAAGCUCUACAGGGUAUCCGUCAAAUCAAAUUUUCGGCUCUUGAGGCAAAUUGGUACCAUAAGAUUGGCCAAUUCCGAGCGAAGGAGCUUGAGGAGCAGUGGAGCGUCUUCGUUGCCGAUACAUUUUUGCUCUUUUGCUGGAUUUCGAGCCCUAUUCUGCUUUCCGCAGCCUCUCUUGCUGUUUACGCACUGUUAAACGGCACUCUGACUCCAUCUGUUGCAUUUACUGCAAUCGGAGUAUUUGGCAACCUAGAAGUGACCUUGUCUGUUAUUCCAGAAUUGACCGCGGAUCUGAUUGACGCAUACAUCUCUAUUGGACGUAUAGAAAAAUACCUAAACUCACCGGAGAUCACCGCGAUUACAAGCGACGUUUCUAGUAUUUCAUUUGAGAACGCAUCGAUAGCCUGGCCAUCAGACGAAAGCAGUGAUACAGCCGGUGACCGGAGAUAUAUCUUGCGAAACCUCGAUUUGUCUUUCCCGAAGAACGAGCUUAGCGUGGUUAGUGGCAAGACAGGUACUGGCAAGAGUCUCCUCCUGGCCGCUAUCCUUGGUGAAGUCGACAUUCUUUCUGGGAAAAUCAAAGUUCCACACGCGCCAUCUACUCAAGAACGGCAUGACCACUUGGCCACAAAAGACAACUGGAUUAUACCUUCUUCAAUCGCGUUUGUGGCCCAAAUACCUUGGAUUGAGAAUGCCAGCAUCAAAGACAACAUUUUAUUCGGUCUUCCGUUUGAUGAGCAACGAUACAACAAAGUCAUCGAAUCGUGUGCAUUGCGAAAGGAUCUGGAUAUGCUCAGUGAUGGAGAGGAUACAGAAAUCGGUGCCAACGGCAUUAAUCUGAGCGGUGGUCAGCGAUGGAGAGUUACCUUUGCGAGAGCAUUGUAUUCUCGCGCGGGCACCUUGAUCUUGGAUGACAUCUUCAGUGCCGUGGAUGCCCAUGUUGGGCGAUUUAUCUUUGAGAAAGGUCUUACCGGGGAACUCGGUGUCGGUAGAACUCGAAUUCUGGUCACCCAUCACGUUGCUCUCGUCAAGUCAAGGACCAAAUACGUUGUAGAGUUGGGUGAUGGGACUGUCGAAAACGCGGGACUAGUGAAUGAUCUGGAAGAAGCUGGCACAUUGGACAAUAUAGUCAGUCACCAGGAAAGCGAAAGUGAAAUCCAAGAAGAUGAAGAAGCCCCAACAGCUGUCAACUCAGAAGAGUCAUCAGACACCGAGACCAUGGAUCAGCUGAAGAAAGUCAAUUCCAAGCAGUCUCCGAAGAAAUUCGUUGAAGAAGAAGCAAGAGAACGUGGCAGAGUGAAGAUUAAAAUCUUCUUAGCUUACAUGAAAGCUGCUGGCGGGUUCAAGUUCUGGGCUAUGGCUUUACUUGCAUUUGCAACUCUGCAGUGCGUUUCUCUCUGCCGUUCUUGGUGGCUCAAAGUCUGGACGGGUAAUGGGGACGAGGAAUCCAUGGCACACACAGUUGGCUACUCUUUUCACUCCCAAACACUCACGCCUUUCUACACUACCUCAUCAAACUUGUCUGUGCUCUCAGACAAUGCAAAACCGGACUACAGCCUCGGGUUCUACCUGUCAAUUUACGUUGCUCUAUCGGUCAUUGGGGCUAGUGUCGGCACGUUCAAAUACUACUACAUCUAUACCGGAGCGAUUCGUGCCUCUCGAGUUUUGUUCAAUGAUCUGUGUUACACGGUUCUGCGAACGCCUCUGAGAUGGGUCGAUACGGUGCCACUGGGCCGAAUCCUGAAUCGCUUCACUUCCGACUUUGAGGUUAUCGAUGCUCGCCUAUCUGGCGAUAUUUCAGGUGGUUUACAUGACUUUUUACAACUUUGUGGAAUCAUUGCCGCUGGGAUCUUCGUUUCGCCAUACGUCAUCCUACUCUCGGUAAUACUACUUGCUAUUUGCAUCUGGAUUGCAUCGAUAUAUCUGGAUGGCGCCCGCGAGGUAAAACGCCUCGAGUCCACUGUUAAAUCACCUAUCUUCGAGCAGUUUGGCUCCGCACUCACAGGCGUCGGUACAAUCAGAGCUUUCUCCAAAACCGACACAUACAUUACUCGUAUGUACGGCAAACUCGACGACUACAGCACCGCUUUCUGGCAUCUUUGGGCAUUCAAUCGCUGGAUGGGAUUGCGAAUGGCACUCGUUGGCGGCCUCUUCUCUACGAUCGUUGCGUCCAUUAUCCUCGUUGUGCCCUAUAUUGAGGCAUCUCUCGCAGGAUUUGCCUUGUCGUUUGCUUUGAACUAUGGCCUGGACGUCAUUUGGAUCAUCAGACACUACGCAAACUUGGAGCUGGAAAUGAACGCUGUAGAACGUGUUACCGAAUACUCCAAUGUCAAGACUGAAUCUCAGGAUGGUGCCGAUCCACCAGCUGCAUGGCCUAGUGAAGGCCAUCUCGAGGUCAACAACCUAGUUGUGGCCUACGCACCAGACCUCCCACCCGUUCUCAAGGGUCUCACUUUCAGCGUCGAACGCAGUGAACGCAUCGGCGUCGUUGGUCGUACUGGAGCAGGAAAAUCUUCACUCACACUAGCACUCUUCCGUUUCCUCGAAGCGAGUCAAGGAAGCAUCCACAUCGACGGCCUUGACAUCUCGAAAAUCAAACUCCAUGCGCUACGUUCCCGUCUAGCUAUUAUCCCUCAGGAUCCCGUUUUGUUCUCAGGCACGGUCAGAACGAAUCUCGACGCUUUCGAUGAACACACCGAUUCAGAACUCCGUGAUGCUCUUGAACGUGUGCACCUUGUCACCGCUUCUGAAUUUGCGUCAUCGCCCGGUGAACCGUCAAGCAGUGCAAAUGACGGAGCGCAACCAGACAAUCAAAAUAUCAAUCCUUUCGCCUCGCUCAGCUCACCCGUCAGCGAAGGUGGACUAAACCUUUCACAGGGACAGCGUCAACUUCUCUGCCUUGCCCGUGCCAUCGUGUCCCGCCCGAAGAUUGUGGUCCUGGACGAAGCUACCAGUGCAGUUGACAUGGCGACGGAUGCGCUGAUUCAAAGGAGUAUCAGAGAGGAGUUCGGUGAUAGCACACUGAUUGUCAUCGCGCACCGCCUGAGUACGAUUAUUGACUUCGACAAGAUUCUUGUGAUGAACGACGGAAGAGUUGCGGAGUUCGGAACGCCCAAGGAACUGAUACAAAUAGAGGGAGGCAUAUUAAAGAGUAUGGUACAAGAAAGUGGUGAAAAGGAGAAAUUGGAAAAGAUGGUCUUGGGAUAA